GGCCGGGGCGCUGGGCUGGGCUACCGGGCAGCUUGACCGGCGGUUCCUUCAGUCACAGCAGUGGGAUCGUGGGGUGCAAAACGGGUUCCCUUCAUCGCGGUGGGUUCCGGGCCCUUCCGGCCUUAGCGAGCGGGCUGCGGCGGGCCCGAGGUCCUCUGAGGCCGCGGAGACCGUCCAGCGAGGCGCGGGCUGGAAGGAAGGUGGUGUCGGGCCGGUGGCCCCUGCGCUCGCCACUCUUCCCCGGCCCCCACGUCAAUCCAAGUUUUCUUUUUCCACUGUUCUGCAGGCUCGUUUCCGACGUCAUGGCUCAAAGGGCCUUCCCGAAUCCUUAUCCCGAUUAUAACAAAUCCCUGGCCGAGAGCUACUUUGAUACUGCCGGGAGGCUAACUCCGGAGUUUUCACAUCGCUUGAAUGAUAAGAUUCGAGGGCUUAUUCAGCAAAUGGAGAGAGGCUUAAAGUCAGCAGACCGCCGGGAUGGCACUGUUUACACGGGCUGGGCAGGUAUUUCGCUGCUCUACCUGCAUCUCUAUGAUCUGUUCGGGGACCCUGCCUACCUCCAGAUGGCACACGGCUAUGUGAAGCAAAGUCUGAACUGUUUGACCAAACAUUCCAUCACUUUCCUCUGCGGGGACGCAGGCCCCCUGGCCGUGGCCGCCGUGGUGUAUCACAAGAUGAACCAGGACAAUGAGGCGGAAGGCUGCAUCGCCAGGCUUAUGCACCUAAGUAAGAUUGAUCCCCAUGCUCCAGAUGAAAUGCUUUAUGGACGAAUGGGCUACAUCUAUGCUCUUCUCUUUGUGAAUAAGAACUUUGGUGAGGAAAAGAUUCCUCAAAGCCAUAUUCAGCAGAUUUCUGAAGCAGUCUUAACCUCUGGAGAAACUCUGGCUAAAAAAAAAAGCUUUGCAUCAAAGACUCCACUGAUGUAUGAAUGGUAUCGAGAAUAUUAUGUGGGGGCUGCUCACGGCCUGUCGGGAAUUUAUUACUUCCUGAUGCAGCCCAGCCUUCACGUGAGCCAUGGGAAAUUAUACACUUUGGUCAAACCCAGUGUAGACUAUGUCUGCCAGCUGAAAUUCCCGUCUGGCAAUUACCCUCCGUGUGUGGGUGAUACUCAAGACCUGCUGGUUCACUGGUGCCAUGGCUGUCCGGGGGUAAUCUACAUGCUCAUCCAGGCAUAUAAGGUGUUCAAAGACGAACAGUAUCUCCAUGAUGCCUGUAGGUGUGCAGACGUGACCUGGCAGUUUGGGCUGCUGAAGAAAGGGUACGGGCUGUGCCAUGGCGCGGCUGGGAAUGCCUACGCCUUCCUGGCACUGUACAACUUCACACAGGAUAUGAAGUAUCUGUACAGGGCCUGUAAGUUUGCUGAAUGGUGCUUAGAUUAUGGAGAACACGGAUGCAGAACACCAGAUACCCCCUUCUCCCUUUUUGAAGGGAUGGCUGGAACCAUCUACUUCCUGGCUGACCUCCUCGUGCCCACAAAAGCCAAGUUCCCUGCAUUUGAGCUUUAGAGGGCAAGCCCACUGCCCGCCUGUAACUCACUGCAUGACCCUUUCCUUCUGUCAGCCCCGGGCUGCUGCUCUCAUUGCUUUUCAAGGAAACAUAGACACUAUAUACAUGAUUUGGUUGGUGGGUUGUUUUUGUUUUUAUUUUAAGAUUUGCCUUUUGCUCAGAUGCUUUACUUUAUCAUUUGCGUCUGUUUGAAAAUAUACAAGGAAAUCUUUUCAUUUUGACUUCAGUUUCUUCUUAGGAACGGGAUGAGUGUAUGUACAGAAUUUGGAGGUAAUAUAGGUAUAGGUAUUCCAGAACUUGGAAGGAAUCUCAUAUAAGCUUAUAAUUAUAACUGUUACUGAUCUCAAAGUGCAUAUGAGAUACAAAGUGUAGAUAAAGCUAAUACAUGACUUUUAUUAGAUAUUGCCCUUUAUCUCUUGUCUUUAGUAUUUUUCUUCCAAUUUGUGACUUGAUAAUGGAAAGAGGAACAAAGCAUAACUACUCUGUAUCCUUCCAGAAGAUAAAUUGCAAGAGGUGCAAAAGUUAGGGAUUUACAUGUCAUUCUUCAAAUCCACAGUGCUUGUUCAAAUGAAAGAUAAGAUAAUACAUACUUUCAGAUUUCCCUAUUUUUUGUUACUAAAGCACCCAGUCUAUCUAGACCAACAUUUUACCACAGACUCCUAAAAUGUGAUGGUUGUAAAAAUUCUGAUUAUCAUUUUUAAGAGAAAUCAAUAGCUAUUUAUUAUUUUCUCUAAAAUAAGAUAGUGUACUUUGGAACUAUUUAUUUUCAUUUGUUUGUUCUUUGGAUUGUAGUGUAAGAUCAGGGAAAAAAGUUUUUUGUUUGUGAGUAAUGUGUUAACCUUGGAUUUGAGUCCACCCCAUUUGACUUAACCUGCUUCGAUCUAAACAUCAGCUUUUGGUUUGUUUUCUUGGCAGUGACAGUGCUUUGUUGAUGACUGUUAUAUGCCAUAAGACCUCUAACUCCCUGCCAAUCCUAUUUGAGUGAUCAAUGAAGGACUUUGAUCUUUUCAUAAAAGAGGACAGUACUUCUGUUUGAAAAGGGGGAGUUCCAUAAAGUGCCUCUUUCAUGGACCUCCACAUCAUACAGGCAAAAACCCCUUUUAUGUGCUGGUUCCUGGGGGUAGCAGUACCCCAUUAUUUUCUAUUUAGCACCAAAAUAGCUACUGUUAUUAGAAAUUAUAUUCCCUUUCAGGGCUACUGACAAUGUGCUUUAAAAAAUAUCACCCUCUACUCAAUUCCCAGGAUCAACUUACUCAAUUGUGACUUGUGCUAGUCAGGACAACCUUGUGCCUCUCUGAUUUCAAACAUGCUUCUGGAAAGUUGCGUGCAAGCUGUGCCUUCCUUGAGAAUGUUUCAGAUCAGUGCUGUUAGCAUGGAUGGUCCAGCUAAUUUGUGUUCAGCUGGGUUUCCAACUUGAAACAAUGAAGUUCAUCUGGUGUAGUCAAUAAUGUCUUAAUAUACUCUACCUUCAUUUUGAACCACUACAAUUACUAAACCAGGGAAAAAGAGAAGAAUAGACUUUCUGUUAACCAGAGACCUCAGCCAAAGAUCAGUGGAGCCCCCAGAGAAUUCAGUGUAAGAAUAUGGUGAAUAAGUUUGCUGUUGAUAUUUGGAUUGCAGAUUAGCUGAUAUCAUCCAUCAACAAAUUCAUCAAUGUGAACGCCAUUGAAGUUUCAUCUUUUUCUUGAGCUUUCUAAGACCGUAACUGACAGGAUUAUAUAUUUGUGCCAUUGUUUAUUUUAAUGCUUAAACCCUAAGAAAAUUUGAUCAGGUUUUAAAGAGACAAAGACUAUAAAACUAAAACCAAUACCCUAAUAACACAAUCGUAGAAACUGAAAGCAACUUUUCCACUAGCUUUCUUCAUUUUAAAAAGGAAGAAGUGACAUUGUAAUUCUGCUUCUAAUAUAUCAUUUUUCCCUCAGAACUUUUAAUUUUAGCUUAAAAAAAUAACUUCCAGGAAAAUGAAUAACAUCUGAUUUCUAUACAGACUAGUUCAUAAGUAAAACCCUAGAAGUUUGUCUCUUGGUGUUCAUUUAUCCUGUCAUGUGCUUCUGUUCCUGAGUGAUGGGAAAUUACGGUAAACGUUUCAUCCUAUAAAAGUGAACAUCAUGACCAUUUCCAUCAAUGCCACUAAGCCUUGGUCUCAUCUGAGUUAGCAGUCUUUAAUCCUUGGAGUCAUUUGCUCUCUUUUAUCUUUGGUGUCAGCUUAAAGUCAUUUGGCAUCAAACGCCUCUAGAUAAGAGUUUUAGGUAAAUACAGUCCGUGGCCAUUUUCUCUGCCUAUAAGGUGUUCCCUAAAUAAAAGAUAAUUCCCCAGGUUAAUUUGGGCCUGGUCUUAGGAUGCUGGGCCUUCUACUAGCUCUUUUUGAAAUACAAAAUAUUUCAAGGGUGCACAUUUAUUCAUUCGCACCUUUGAUGCUAGAACUUAUCUGUAGAUUUUUAUUACUCAUAGUGAAUUUGAAGCCCAUUUCUCCUUCCCUUUAUUGGUCAGAGCAUUCCAUGCUGUAUAUUAAGCUAUCAAAUUACUGUUCUCUCCUAUAGAGAGUAAACGAUUAUCUAACAUAAUCAGGGAGCCUGCCCCAGUGUUUUAUUGCCAUUUAUUGGGAAGAGUUGGAGUCACAGGUUUUUCUGUGUUCUGUAAGGAAUUGGUUUGCUGAUUCUCAAUAAAAUUUUAUUAAACUA